AUGCAGCCUAGGGUGCUUGCAUAGCAGAAGGCAAAUGAAAACAAUAUGGGUGCACAGUCUUCAUCACCUGUCUCGAUGCCAAAGCAACAGGUUGCUUCUCCUCAAGUUGCAAGUGAGAGUUCUCCCCAUGGAAAUUCAUCGAGUGAUGUGUCUGGACAGUUGGGCCCCUCUAAAGCUAGGCAGAUAGUUGCACCUGGCCCUUUUGGCACAACUUCAAAUGCUGCGACACUCAACAAUGCUAACAACGUGUUGGUGCAGCAGUUUCCUGCUCACGGAAGAGAGAACCAUGCGCCUCCAAGACAGACAAUGAUGGUUGGUAAUGGAGUGCCUCCCAUGCAUCCCCCGCAGUCAUCUGUGAACUUGAACCAGGGCAUGGAUAACUCAUCCCAUACAAAAAGCUCAUUAACUGGUGCAGAAGCUUUGCAAAUGCAAUAUGCUAGGCAAUUGAACCGAUCUUCUCCACAACCUGCAGCUUCAUCUAUUGAUGGAGGCUUGGGAAAUCCCAUAUCAGCUCAGGGUGGAAUGGUGCCUCAGAUACAACAUCGUACAGGAUUUACCAAACAGCAACUUCAUGUACUUAAAGUACAAAUACUGGCAUUCAGACGUAUAAAGAAAGGAGAAGCAACUCUUCCACAAGAACUACUUCAAGCCAUUGCUCCACCGCCCCUUGAUAUGCAGCUGCAACUUCUUCCUACUGGAAUUACUAAUCAGGAUAGACCUGCUGGGAAAUAUGCAGAAGACCAUGCAAGACAAUCAGAGUCUGGUAAGAAGGAUCCUCAGGUUGUGGCAUCGUCUAGUGGACUGAAGAAUUUAAAAGAGGAAGCUGUUGCAGGAGAUGAGAAAGCAAAUGCGUUGGCAGUUAAUUCACAAGGCAUGACAGCUGUGACAAAAGAACCUGUACCAGUGCUCCCUUCUGGAAAGGAAGAGCAGCAGACUGCCCUAGUUUUCAUUAAACCGGAACAGGAAAUUGACCGUAGAAACCAGAAAACUCCUGCUAGAAGUGAUUUUACACUAGAUACGGGAAAUUCAGUUGCACCACAGGUUUCUGUAUCUGAUACAGUGCAAGCUAAGAAACCUGUACAAGCAAGCAAUGCACCUCAGCCAAAAGAUGUUGGCUCUACCAGAAAGUAUCAUGGGCCAUUAUUUGAUUUUCCCUUUUUCACUCGUAAACAUGACUCCUUUGGGUCUGCAGUUCUGAUGAACAAUAAUUUGAUAUUGGCAUAUGAUGCCAAGGAUCUACUUCUUGAGGAAGGCGUGGAAAUGCUUAGCAAGAAAAGGGCGAAAAAUUUAAAGAAGAUUGGUGGUUUACUAGCAGUGAACUUAGAGAGGAAAAGGAUCAGGCCAGAUCUUGUUUUGCGUCUACAAAUUGAAGAGAGGAAACUUAGACUUUUGGAUCUUCAGGCACGCUUGAGGGAUGAAGUCGAUCAACAGCAGCAGGAGAUAAUGGCAAUGCCUGACAGGCCAUAUCGGAAAUUUGUUCGGCUUUGCGAGCGUCAGCGCAUGGAGCUCACUAGGCAAGUGCAGGCCUCUCAGAAAGCCACAAGAGAGAAACAGCUGAAAUCUAUUUUUCAGUGGCGUAAGAAGCUUCUCGAGGCUCAUUGGGCCAUCCGUGAUGCACGAACUGCCCGUAACAGGGGAGUUGCAAAAUACCAUGAGAGAAUGUUGAGGGAGUUCUCAAAAAAAAAGGAUGAUGAUCGCAACAAAAGGAUGGAAGCAUUGAAGAAUAAUGAUGUUGAGCGGUAUAGGGAAAUGUUACUGGAGCAGCAGACUGGCGUCCCUGGUGAUGCUGCUGAGAGAUAUGCUGUUCUCUCAUCAUUCUUAACACAGACAGAAGAGUAUCUUCAUAAACUAGGAGGUAAAAUAACAGCCGCAAAGAAUCACCAGGAGGUUGAGGAAGCAGCUAAUGCUGCUGCUGCUGCGGCACGAGUUCAGGGUCUCUCUGAUGAAGAAAUAAGAGUGGCAGCUGCUUGUGCUGGUGAGGAAGUAAUGAUAAGAAAUCGUUUCUCUGAAAUGAAUGCACCCAAGGAUAAUUCAUCUGUUAACAAGUAUUACAAUCUUGCACAUGCUGUGAAUGAAAGGGUUAUGAGGCAGCCCUCAAUGCUACGGGCUGGAACCUUAAGAGACUAUCAACUUGUUGGAUUGCAAUGGAUGCUCUCUUUGUAUAACAACAAAUUAAAUGGAAUUUUGGCAGAUGAGAUGGGUCUUGGGAAGACUGUACAGGUGAUGGCAUUGAUUGCUUAUCUGAUGGAGUUCAAAGGAAACUAUGGCCCACAUCUUAUUAUUGUUCCUAAUGCCGUUUUGGUGAACUGGAAGAGUGAGUUCCAUAAUUGGUUGCCAUCUGCAUCCUGCAUUUUUUAUGUUGGUGCGAAGGAUCAACGGGCAAAAUUGUUUUCUCAAGAUGUUUCUGCCUUGAAAUUUAAUGUCCUUGUGACAACUUAUGAGUUCAUCAUGUAUGACCGUUCAAAGCUUUCAAAAGUUGAUUGGAAGUAUAUCAUAAUUGAUGAAGCGCAACGCAUGAAGGACAGGGAAUCAGUUCUAGCUCGAGAUCUUGAUAGAUAUCGCUGCCAGAGGCGCCUACUUCUCACAGGAACCCCUUUACAGAAUGAUCUCAAAGAACUUUGGUCGCUUCUAAAUCUACUCCUUCCUGAAGUUUUUGAUAACCGGAAAGCAUUUCAUGAUUGGUUUUCAAGACCUUUUCAAAAGGAAGCUCCCACACAUAAUGCAGAGGAUGACUGGCUUGAGACGGAGAAGAAGGUUAUCAUUAUCCAUCGACUUCAUCAAAUUUUGGAGCCCUUUAUGCUCCGACGUCGUGUUCGUGUAGAAGAUGUCGAAGGGUCACUUCCUCCCAAGAUAUCCAUCGUUUUAAAAUGUAGGAUGUCGGCUAUUCAGAGUUCCAUUUAUGAUUGGAUUAAAUCUACCGGUACUAUUCAAGUUGAUCCUGAAGAUGAGAAGCUCAGGGCUCAAAGAAGUUCAGUUUACCAGGCUAAAACAUACAAACCUUUAAAUAAUAGAUGCAUGGAGCUCCGGAAGGCUUGCAAUCAUCCUUUGCUUAAUUACCCUUAUUUUAAUGACCUCUCCAAGGACUUCCUUGUUAGAUCAUGUGGGAAAUUGUGGGUUCUUGAUAGGGUCCUCAUAAAGCUUCACAGAACAGGGCAUCGAGUACUGCUCUUUAGUACAAUGACAAAACUUCUAGAUAUAAUGGAGGAAUAUCUGCAGUGGCGGCGACUUGUUUACAGACGAAUUGAUGGGACAACUAGCUUAGAAGACCGUGAAUCAGCUAUUGUGGACUUUAAUAGCCCUGAUACGGACUGCUUCAUCUUCUUGCUUAGCAUUCGUGCUGCUGGACGGGGUUUAAAUCUUCAGUCUGCUGACACAGUCAUCAUAUAUGAUCCCGAUCCAAACCCAAAAAAUGAGGAACAGGCAGUUGCUAGAGCCCACCGCAUUGGCCAGAAGAGAGAAGUGAAAGUUAUAUACAUGGAAGCAGUGGUUGACAAAAUCUCAAGCAAUCAGAAAGAGGAUGAAUUUAGAAGUGGUGGAGUAGUUGAUUCAGAAGAUGAUCUUGCGGGUAAGGAUCGAUAUGUGGGAUCUAUUGAGAGCCUCAUACGGAAUAACAUCCAACAGUAUAAGAUUGACAUGGCUGAUGAGGUUAUUAAUGCUGGGCGUUUUGACCAGAGGACAACUCAUGAAGAGAGGCGUAUGACUCUGGAGACAUUGUUGCAUGAUGAGGAAAGGUAUCAAGAAACUGUUCAUGAUGUCCCCUCACUACAGCAAGUAAAUCGCAUGAUUUCUAGAAGUGAAGAAGAAGUAGAGCUCUUUGAUCAAAUGGAUGAAGAACUUGACUGGAUUGAUGAGAUGACGAGAUAUGACCAAGUACCUAAGUGGCUUCGAGCUAGCACUAGAGAAGUGAAUGCUACUAUUGCUGCUUUGUCAAAGAAGCCAUUAAAGAACACCUUACUAGGUGGUAUUAGCAUGGAAUCAAAUGAAAUGGCUCCUGAUUUGACUCAGAAAAAGAGGGGGCGCCCCAAGGGGAAAAAGUUCCCUAUUUACAGGGAGGUGGAUGAAGAAAGUGGGGAGUUCUCUGAAGCUAGUUCUGAAGAGAGGAAUAGCUAUUCUGCCCACGAAGAAGAGGGAGAAAUUGGCGAGUUUGAGGAUGAAUUUAAUGGUGCUAUUGGGGCACCUCUAGUUAAUAAAAAUCAAUCAGAAGAAGGUGGUCUGGUUUGCGCUAGUGCAUACGAGUAUCCUCGAGCUUUCGAAAGCAGUAGAAAUGAUCGGGUAAUUGAAGAAGCUGGUUCGUCAGGAUCAUCCUUGGAGAAUCAAAAAUUGAAAGUCUCGCCUACUAUAUCUUCUCAGAAGUUUGGAUCACUUUCUGCAUUAGAUGCCAGACCAAGUUCUCUUUCAAAAAGACUGGCUGAUGAGUUAGAGGAAGGUGAAAUCGCUGCGUCAGGAGACUCUCAUGUGGACCUCCAGCAAUCUGGAAGUUGGAUUCAAGAUCGUGAUGAAGGUGAAGAUGAACAGGUUUUGCAGCCCAAAAUAAAACGGAAACGUAGUAUUCGGGGUCGUCCACGUUAUACAGUUGAAAAGCCAGAAGAGAAGUACCCCAAUGAAAAACCAUCUCUCCUUCGUGGAGAUUCUUCUCAGUUGCUAUUCCAAGUGGACCAUAGAUAUGAACAGCAGUUUAAGAAUGACUCUGAACCCAAAACACCGGGAGAGUCCAAUGCUUAUAAGCAUGAUCAAUGUGAUUCAUCCUUGAAAAAUAAGCGAAAUUUACCUUCGAGGAAAAUUGCAAAUACAUCAAAGGUACAUGCUUCACCAAAACCUAGCAGAUUGAAUUCCAUAUCUGCUCCCUCAGAACAGUCUAGGGAAAGUUGGGAUGGUAAAGUUAUGAACACUAGUGGGACUUCAAUUGGUGGCAGGAAGAUAUCUGAUGUUAUUCAAAGAAGGUGCAAGAAUGUAAUUAGCAAGCUCCAAAAGAGAAUAGAUAAGGAAGGUCAUCAAAUUGUACCUUUGCUAACAGAUUUGUGGAAGAGGAUUGAAAAUUCUGGUUCCCUGAGUAUGGCCGCAAAUAGUAUUUUGGAUUUGCGAAAGAUUGAUCAGCGUGUUGAGAGAUUUGAGUAUAGCGGAGUGAUGGACCUUGUGUUUGAUGUGCAGUUUAUGUUAAAGAGUGCAAUGCAGUAUUUUGGGUUCUCGCAUGAGGUGAGAUCUGAAGCAAGGAAAGUGCAUGAGCUCUUUUUCGAUAACCUAAAGAUUGCAUUCCCAGACACAGAUUUCCGAGAAGCUAGAAACACGCUGUCUUUCUCUGGCCUGGCGAGUACCUCUACCUCUGCUCCAUCUUCAAGACAGGCAAAUGCUGGCCCAAGCAAGCGACACAAACUGAUAAAUGAGGUAGAACCCAACCCAACUCCUCCCCAGAAGCCCUUAUCUCGUGUGCCUGUUCCUAGCGGCGAAGACACAAGGAUGACUAGGAGCGCUCAAAAGGAAUUGAGGAUCGGAAACAGCAGAGAUCAGGAUGAUCCUCGAUUGUUGACUCAUCCGGGGGAACUUGUUAUCUGCAAAAAGAAGAGGAAAGACCGAGAAAAGUCUGUGGCAAAGCCAGGGAACGGGUCGGCUGGCCCUGUAUCACCCCCUAGUGUUGAUCGUAAUAGUAAAAGUCCGGGUCGAGGUUCAGUUGCAAGAUCGACCCCUCAGCAAGGGUGGGCUAACCAGUCUCCUCAGCCAGUGAAUGGUGGUGUUGGGAUAGUUGGUUGGGCGAAUCCAGUAAAGAGAUUGAGAACUGAUGCUGGGAAAAGGCGGCCGAGCCAUUUAUGAAGAUAUUUGUUGAUAUUGGUUUAAGGUGCCGAGUUUGUAGCCGGCCCUUUAUAGGCUUGUAGAAGUGCAGUGAAAGCUCAUAUUUGUUAAUGUAGUGUAAGCCUCUCUCUAUACAUUUUUCUUGCGUCUCUUUUACUACUUGGACUGUGAUAGUGUUUUAUAGGUGUGCUUGGCAAGCGCUACUUUGUCUGAGGUUUUAAGUUUAAUAGGCUUGAACUCUCUAUCUGUAAAAAGCUCGCAAAAAAAAAAAAAAAAAAAAAGAAAGAAAAACACCGAUGAACCGUUUUACAACAUGGUUUGAGAGGUCA